AUGCUCCACGCUAAGGCCAUGGCUGUUGUUGUUGCGUAUGACAUCUAUCUUGAAGCCUGCGAGGGUAAGCUCCAGGGCUUGGCUGAUUGUCGUCUUAACAAACCUGUUUCCUUCUACCGCUUCCGAGAGAAAUUGGCGAAGCAAAUGUUGGAAUACGCCCCUCGCCAUUGCCGUUAUCUUGGAGAUGAAAAGAUGCGCGAUACCACCUCCACACCGAAAGCCAAAAGGAAGCGCUCAAGAUCUCCUCAACGCAACAAUAAUCGACCUGCGGACGAUGAGUUAACCACAGCCUCUGGUGUCAGUUUGGAUACUUUUUCAAGCAACAACCACGGCGACCGACUCUGCGGAUUCAUUACUCCUCUCCUCGAGCAUUAUGAAUCAUGCAACACCAUGGCCAACAAGAAGAAGUUGAAUUGCGUCUUCUGUGGCAAGCCUGCAUACCAGUAUUGCGAGCUUUGUGGAAAGGCAGUGCACAAGCAUCCGCAGGAGAAGAUUGGCAAUGGCAGAACCUCCUGUUUCCUCCAUUAUCACAACACCGCGGCAAUGGGAUUGGCUCGUGACGAUUGGAAGAUCACCGGCAAGAGGCUCAAAGAUUGGAGUUAUCCAACUGCAACAGAAUUCGAGGACAAUGAGCAACAGAUGAAGCGGCUCUUGGAUGAGAUUGGUUCUCGAUCCAGCAGCAACAAUAGUGGCACCAAUAGUGGUGGUAGCAGCAACAACAGCCAUGGUUCGGAUACUCAACAAGCCACCCCCCAACAUUAA